AUAUUACGUUAUCUGACAACACAUGAACACAUCACUCAUCGAUAUUAGAUUCUCUUCCCCUCCCAAGAUCUUAACUACAACAAGAUCCGAUCCUCCAGAUUCUCUCUGUUACCAAAUCCAUCACCGCCUCUCUCUCUCUCUCUCCUAUUUAUAGAAAACAAUGGCAGUCGGAGAUUUAUCUUCUUCUUCUUCUUCUUCCCCGGAGUUACACGUUCUCGCCGUCGAUGAUAGUUUCGUUGAUCGUAAGGUUAUCGAGAGAUUGCUUAGGAUCUCUGCUUGUAAAGUUACGACUGUUGAGAGUGGCACUAGGGCUCUUCAGUAUCUUGGUCUAGAUGGAGACAAAGGAUCUUGUGAUCUUAAGGAUUUGAAGGUGAAUUUGAUAGUGACAGAUUACUCUAUGCCGGGGCUAACAGGAUAUGAGCUACUCAAGAAGAUCAAAGAGUCAUCUGCAUUUAGAGAGAUACCAGUAGUGAUAAUGUCUUCUGAGAAUAUACAGCCUCGUAUAGAACAAUGUAUGACAGAAGGAGCAGAGGAUUUCCUGCUAAAACCGGUGAAAUUAGCAGAUGUGAAGCGGUUGAAAGAACUUAUAAUGAGAAGUGGUGAAGCUGAAGAAGGAAGAAUCAAAAACCCUAGUCCUAACACAAUCAUUCAAGACGACAUUGAUUCAUCAUCUCCAUCAUCUUCCUCCUCCUCCUCAUCAUCGUAUCAUGAUGAUGACGACACCCCAUCUUCCAAGCGGAUGAAAUCUAGCGUUCAUGAUUGAGUUUUAGCAUUUUCUCUUUUUUUUUUUUUUUUUUUUCUGUAAUAUACAUUGAGCCAAGAAAGCUGUUAGAUCGUUUUUUGUUUAGAUAUAUGCAAGUUUUAGAACUUGAUGCUUAUCAGUUAUCAUAUGAUUCGGUUUUUUUUUUUUGUUAACAAAAGAAGAUCAACGUAUAUAUGAUGA